AUGAUGAACCUAUCGAAGAGCAGCUCGUCUUCGCAGAUAGCUAACAGUAGUUGCCGUAAUCGCGUAGCAGAAAGAAGUAGGGGGAUUCCGAGACACUGUCGCUGCGGUGAGAGAGUCGUCCUUAGGACUUCCUGCACCGUUAAAAACCCUGGGAGGCUAUUCUACUGUUCUCCUCUUAGCGCUGAAGGGGACAAAUAUCAUCUCUUUUCAUGGACCGACGAACGUAUUGUGGAAGAAGUGGAGGAUAUGAUGAUGUUUUGA